AUGGAGCCGGGUCGGUCCGGCGCCCCCCCGCCCCCCAGCCGUCCUGUGCUCAGACACAGCAGGUUUGGGGUGAGGACGCCCAGUGGCUACGAGAGCCAGAGCCAGAGGAGGGAACGGCCGGGGGGAGUGUGGCUGGGGGGCUGCACCGACCGGGCCCCCCAGAACCUGCCCUCCCAGUCGGGGGAGCAGGCCUUCGUGGCUCCCGCCGGGGGCAGGAUGGGUGCCCAGCGCGGGUGCCGGGCCCUGGCGUGGGCCCUUGUGGUCCUGCCCUUGGUGCAGAAGGCAGGUAAGGCCUCAGCCCUCACCGCACCUCGUGGGCCCCCGCAGGCCACUCGCCUGCGUGUCUCCCGCCGAGAGCGCAUAGCGCGUCCUCCGUGGGCCCUGCACGCCCCCGACUCCUGCCCCCCUGGAGCGCCCAGCCUGCGUUGGGAGAAGCGAGGUCCCCCUGGGGAAACUGGGGGUCUCAGCCUCCGGGAUGGGACGGGGGCGCUCUGGGGCUGGCGCGGGGUCACGGCCCUCACGGCGGCCCCGUCCAACGCUGGCCCUGCUCCUGGAGCCGUGACUGCCCUGCGGCCUUUCUCAUCCUCCUCACCUGACUGCCGCCUGUCUGGCCCUGUGGCACUCCAAGCGGGGAAGCACCACCCCAGCGUGAUGGGGUGGUCAACAGUGGGCAUUUCUCUGGCCAAGCGCUGGACCCAGGUUCACUGGGCGGCCACCUGGCCCAAGGAGGGUGUGCCAUGUGAGCCUGUCCGUGUGAACCCCCCUGAUUUCUCGACCAUGGGAGACCCAGGGCAGCACGGGGCAGAGCUGGAUGAGUCAGGAGGCCACCAUGAACGGCUGGCCAGCGAGGAGGACGGGGGUCCCGGGAAGGGGUGUCCCGGCCGGUCCCUGCCCGGCCAUGCUCGGCUGGGAGCCAUCCCUGUAGCUGGGUCUCCUGGGGGCUGGGACGCGGGUGCCGGUGUCAGGGGUCCCAGGGAGAAUCCGGAGCAGAGGGGAGUGAGGAAGGGGGCGGCGGCUCCCCACCCCGAAACCGGGGGCCUGGUCCCAGGGAAGGCUGCCCUCCCCCACCGCGCACUCCCCACAGCCCUGAACGCGGCGCUCGGCGGGCGGGUGUGCAGCACGUGGGGCGACUUCCACUACAAGACCUUCGACGGCCACGUCUUCCGCUUCCCCGGGCUGUGCAACUACGUCUUCUCCGCGCACUGCGGGGCCGCCUACGAGGACUUCAACCUCCAGCUCCGCCGCGGCCUGGUGGGCUCCAGGCCCACGGUCACCCACGUCAUCCUCAAGACGCAGGGGCUGGUGCUGGAGGUCUCCAACGGGUCCAUCCUGGUCGACGGGCGGCGGGAGGAGCUGCCCUACAGCCGCGCGGGCCUCCUGGCGGAGGAGAGCAGUGCCCAUGUCAGGGUCGACAUCCGGCUGAUGCUGACCUUCACGUGGAACGGAGAGGACAGCGUCCUGCUGGAGCUGGACCCCAGGUACGCCAACCAGACCUGCGGCCUGUGCGGGGACUUCAACGGACUCCCGGCCGUCAACGAGCUCUAUGCCCACAAUGCCAGGCUGACCCCUCUACAGUUUGGGAACCUGCAGAAGCUGGACGGGCCCACGGAGCAGUGCCAGGACCCCCUACCCUCCCCAGCUGACAACUGCACAGAUGGGGAGGGCGUCUGUCACCGCAUCCUGCUGGGCCCAGCCUUUGCUCAGUGCCACAGGCUGGUGGACGCCGAGGUGUACGUGGCCACCUGCACCCAGGACCUGUGCCGCUGCCCCUCCUGCCCAUGUGCCACCUUCGCGGAGUACUCUCGCCAGUGUGCCCACGCCGGGGGACAGCCGCAGAGCUGGAGGGGCCCUGACCUCUGCCCCCAGACGUGCCCCCUGAACAUGCAAUACCAGGAGUGCGGCUCACCCUGCGCGGACACCUGCUCCAACCCUGAGCGCUCCCAGCUCUGCGAGGACCACUGCGUCGACGGCUGCUUCUGCCCCCUAGGCACGGUGCUGGACGAUGCCACCCACACGGGCUGCCUGCCCCUGCGGCAGUGCCCCUGCAUGCACGGCGGCCGCCCCUACGCCCCGGGGGCCUCCUUCACCACCAGCUGCAGCUCCUGCACCUGCUCCGGGGGGCUAUGGCAGUGCCAGGACCUCCCGUGCCCGGGCAUCUGCUCCGUCCAGGGCGGGUCCCACAUCUCCACCUACGACGAGAAGCUCUAUGAUGUGCACGGGGACUGCAGCUACGUCCUAACCAAGAUAUGUGCGGGCAACGCCCUCACCGUGCUGGCCGAGCUGCGGAAAUGCGGCCUGACAGACAACGAGAACUGCCUCAGGACAGUGAUGCUGAGCUUGAACGGAGGGGACACGACCAUCCAGAUCCAGGCCAACGGCGGGGUGUUCGUGAACUCCAUCUACACGCAGCUGCCCGUGUCAGUGGCCAGCAUCACCGUCUUCAGGCCGUCCUCCUUCUUCAUCCUGGUGCAGACGGGCCUCGGGCUGCAGCUGCAGGUGCAGCUCGUGCCCCGCAUGCAGGUGUUCCUCAGGCUGGACCCCUCCUACCAGGGCCAGAUGUGUGGCCUGUGCGGGAACUUCAACCAGAACCAGGCCGACGACUUCCGGACCACCAGCGGCGUGGUGGAGGGCACGGCCGCCGCCUUCGCCAACACCUGGAAGACCCAGGCCGCCUGCCCCAACGUCAAGAACAGCUUCGAGGACCCCUGCUCCCUCAGCGUGGAGAACGAGAACUACGCUCGGCAGCGAUGCUCCCUGCUGACCGACCCUGCCGGGGCCUUCUCAUCCUGCCACUCUGUCGUCAACCCUGGGCCCUUCCACUCGAACUGCAUGUUUGACACGUGCAGCUGUGAGAAGAGCGAAGACUGCAUGUGUGCGGCCCUGUCCUCCUACGUGCGGGCCUGCGCCGCCCGGGGCGUGCUGCUCGGCGGCUGGCGGGACGGCGUGUGCAACAAGUACGUGAGCAGCUGCCCCAAGACCCAGAGCUACGCCUAUGUGGUGGACAGCUGCCAGCCCACCUGCCGCUCCCUAAGCCAGGCCGAUGUCACCUGCGACGUGGCCUUCGUGCCCGUGGACGGCUGCACCUGCCCCUCGGGCACCUUCCUGGACGACACCGGUGACUGCGUGCCCGCCGAGGCCUGCCCCUGCUACGCCCGUGGCUCCGUGCUGGCUCCAGGGGAGGUCCUGCACGACAAUGGUGUGGUGUGUUCAUGUGCGGGCGGGAAGCUGAGCUGCCUGGGAGCCGUGGAGCAGAGCACAGCGUGCGUGGCCCCCAUGCUGUUCCUGGACUGUAGCAACACCUCCGCGGACACGCCCGGGGCCGAGUGUGUGCGGAGCUGCCACGUGCCGGACGGGGACUGUUUCAGCGCGCACUGUGUGCCGGGCUGCGUCUGCCCCGCGGGGCUGCUGGCCGAUGGGAGCGGGGGCUGUGUGGCCGAGGAGGACUGCCCCUGCCUGCACAACGAGGCCGCCUACAAGCCCGGGGAGGCCGUCAGGGUCGGCUGCAACACCUGCACCUGCAGGGGCCGCAGGUGGGAGUGCAGCCACCAGCCCUGCCUGGGCACCUGCGUGGCCUACGGGGACGGCCACUUCAUCACCUUUGACGGCGAGCGCUACAGCUUUGAGGGGAGCUGUGAAUACACGCUGGUCCAGGACUACUGUGUGGGCAACAACGCCAGCAACGGGAACUUCCGCAUCGUCACCGAGAACGUCCCCUGCGGGACCACAGGCGUCACCUGCUCCAAGGCCAUCAAGAUCUUCCUGGAGAACUUUGAGCUGAUCCUCCACGAGGGCGCCUACAAGGUGGUGCAGAGGGGGCCAGGCGGAGACCCGCCCUACAAGAUCCGUUACACGGGCAUCUACCUGACCAUCGAGACCCGCAGUGGCAUGGUCGUGUCCUGGGACCGGAAGACCAGCGUGUUUAUUCGGCUGCACCAGGAGUACAAGGGGAGGGUCUGCGGGCUGUGCGGGAACUUUGACGACAACGCCCUCAACGACUUCACCACGCGGAGCCAGUCCGUGGUGGGCGACGCGCUGGAGUUCGGCAACAGCUGGAAAUUCUCCCCGUCCUGCCCGGACGCCCAGGCCCCCAGGGACCCCUGCGCCGCCAACCCGUACCGCAAGUCCUGGGCCCAGAAGCGAUGCAGCAUCAUCAAUGGCGCCGCCUUCCGCGCCUGCCGUUCUCAGGUCGACUCCACCAGGUACUACGAGGCCUGCGUGAGCGACGCGUGCGCCUGCGACUCGGGGGGCGACUGCGAGUGUUUCUGCACGGCCGUGGCCGCCUACGCCCAGGCCUGCCGCGACGCGGGCGUGUGCGUGGCCUGGCGGACCCCGGACGUCUGCCCCCUCUUCUGCGACUACUACAACCCGCACGGGGGGUGCGAAUGGCAUUACCAGCCCUGCGGGGCCCCCUGCCUGAGGACCUGCCGGAACCCGCGCGGCCAGUACCUGCACAACGUCCGCGGCCUGGAAGGCUGCUACCCCAAGUGCCCGUCAGAGGCCCCCAUCUUCGAUGAGGACCAGAUGCGAUGUGUAGCUUCAUGCCCAACCCCGACCCCACCACCGCCCUGCCGCGUCCAGGGCAAGUCCUACCGGCCGGGCUCCGCGGUGCCCUCGGAAGAGAACUGCCACCGCUGCGUUUGCACCGAGAGCGGCGUGCAGUGCACCUACGACUCUGAGGCCUGUGUCUGCACCUACGAUGGGAGGCGCUUCCAUCCCGGGGAAGUCAUCUACCACACGAUGGACGGCACGGGGGGCUGCAUCUCCGCCCGCUGUGGGGCUAACGGCACCAUCGAGAGGAGGGUCGAAGGCUGCACCCCUACCACCCCCACCCCCCAAACCACCUUCUCCUUCUCUACAUCCCUGCACGUCGUGAGCUCGACGCUUCCACCCAGCACACGCCCCAGCCCUUCCGAAAGCACAGCGCACACCCCGGGCACGUCCUCUGGAUCAACGCCUCCCACAGCCUCCGCGCUGCCCUCGUCCCGGUCCCCCUCUCCCACUGCCACCGCAUCCACUGCCACAGCCCCCACUGCCACCGCAUCCACUGCUGCACUCACCACUGUGGCCACCUCUACAGCCUACACUGCCACGACCUCCACUGCCAGAGCCCCCACUGCCACCGCAUCCACUGCUACACUCACCACUGUGGCCACCUCUACAGCCCCCAUGGCUACCGCUUCCACUGCCACAGCACCCAAUGCCACCACCUCCACUGCCACAGCUCCCACUGCCACCGCAUCCACUGCCACAGCCCUCACUACAGCCCCCACUGCCACCACAUCCACUGCCACAGCCCCCACUUCCACCGCAUCCAUUGCUACACUCACCACUGUGGCCACCUCUACAGCCCCAACUGCCACAACCUCCACUGCCAUAGCCACCACUUCCACUGCAUCCACUGCCACCGCAUCCACUGCUACACUCACCACUGUGGCCACCUCUACAGCCCGCACGGCCACCGCACCCACUGCCACAGCCCCCACUGCCACGACAUCCACUGCCACAGCCCCCACUGCCACCGCAUCCACUGCCACACUCACCACUGUGGCCACCUCUACAGCUACCACUGCCACGACAUCCACUGCCACCUCAUCCACUGCUACACUCACCACUGUGGCCACCUCUACAGCCCCCACUGCCACAAACUCCACUGCCAUAGCCCCCACUGCCACUGCAUCCACUGCCACAGCCCCCACUUCCACCGCAUCCACUGUUACACUCACCACUGUGGCCACCUCUACAGCCACCACUGCCAUGACAUCCACUGCCACAGCCCCCACGGCCACCGCAUCCACUGCCACAGCCCUCACUGCCACCGCUUCCACUGCCACAGCCCCCACUGCCACCACCUCCACUGCCACAGCCCCCACUGCCACCGCAUCUACUGCUACAGUCAACACUGCCACCGCAUCCACUGGUACAGUCACCACUGUGGCCACCUCUACAGCAGCCACCUCCACUGCCACAGCCCCCACCCCUAUAGCCCCCACGUCCCCCACCGCCACUGCCACAGCCACCACUGCCAUAACCUCCACUGCUAUAGUCACCACUGCAGCCACCUCCACUGCUGCCACAGCCCCCACGUCCCCCACUGCCUCCAGCACCACCACUGCUAUGUCACCAGCCACGCAGCCCAGGACAUGGCCAGGGAGCACAGGGGUGACCAGGUCCCCCGCCAGCAGAGCCACACCAGCACCUUCACUUUCCAUGGGACUGACCACCCAAGUAACAUCCUUGAGGCCCAGCCACACAGGCACAACCCCAGGGUCUGCCACGUCGGUCCUCCCGACUCACACAGCCUCAAGGGGGCCGCCCCCGAUGUUGGUGACGACGCAGACCUCCACGUCUCAGCUGCUGAUGAGAACAGCAGUGGACACAACGGGCACCACCUCCACGGGCCCGCUGUCCACCUCGCACCCUAAUACCGGCACGCCGGGAACCAGGGUGUCGACAGCCACCACUGGGGCCACCACCAGCCAGGGCACAACCAGCUGUCAACCCAAGUGCCAAUGGACAGAGUGGUUUGAUGUGGACUUCCCCAGAUCGGGGGUCAGGGGCGGAGACAUGGAGACCUAUGACAACAUCCGGGCCGCGGGCGGCACGAUGUGUCAGCAGCCGCAGAAGAUUGAAUGCCGGGCGGAGAGCUACCCCGAGGUGAGCGUCGAUCAGAUCGGGCAGGUGCUCAGCUGCAGCCUGGAGGCCGGGCUGGUCUGCAGGAACGAAGACCAGAGGGGGAAGUUCACCAUGUGCUUCAACUACAACAUCCGCGUGUACUGCUGCGAUGACGUCCGGCACUGCUCCACCACGGCUACCACACCCCUCACCUCCACCGCACCGCCCACCACCAGCAGCUCCACAGCCACGCUGCCACGGCCCUCGACCUCUGCCACGACCCAGACCCAACCCACCUCCACCGCACCGCCCGCCACCGGCAGCUCCACGGCCACAGUGCCACGGCCCUCGACCUCUGCCACGACCAAGACCCCACCGCCCUCCACCGCACCGCCCGCCCCCGCCCCCACUGCCACCACCUCCACUGCCACAGCCCCCACUGCCACCGCAUCUACUGCUACAGUCAACACUGCCACCGCAUCCACUGGUACAGUCACCACUGUGGCCACCUCUACAGCAGCCACCUCCACUGCCACAGCCCCCACCCCUAUAGCCCCCACGUCCCCCACCGCCACUGCCACAGCCACCACUGCCAUAACCUCCACUGCUAUAGUCACCACUGCAGCCACCUCCACUGCUGCCACAGCCCCCACGUCCCCCACUGCCUCCAGCACCACCACUGCUAUGUCACCAGCCACGCAGCCCAGGACAUGGCCAGGGAGCACAGGGGUGACCAGGUCCCCCGCCAGCAGAGCCACACCAGCACCUUCACUUUCCAUGGGACUGACCACCCAAGUAACAUCCUUGAGGCCCAGCCACACAGGCACAACCCCAGGGUCUGCCACGUCGGUCCUCCCGACUCACACAGCCUCAAGGGGGCCGCCCCCGAUGUUGGUGACGACGCAGACCUCCACGUCUCAGCUGCUGAUGAGAACAGCAGUGGACACAACGGGCACCACCUCCACGGGCCCGCUGUCCACCUCGCACCCUAAUACCGGCACGCCGGGAACCAGGGUGUCGACAGCCACCACUGGGGCCACCACCAGCCAGGGCACAACCAGCUGUCAACCCAAGUGCCAAUGGACAGAGUGGUUUGAUGUGGACUUCCCCAGAUCGGGGGUCAGGGGCGGAGACAUGGAGACCUAUGACAACAUCCGGGCCGCGGGCGGCACGAUGUGUCAGCAGCCGCAGAAGAUUGAAUGCCGGGCGGAGAGCUACCCCGAGGUGAGCGUCGAUCAGAUCGGGCAGGUGCUCAGCUGCAGCCUGGAGGCCGGGCUGGUCUGCAGGAACGAAGACCAGAGGGGGAAGUUCACCAUGUGCUUCAACUACAACAUCCGCGUGUACUGCUGCGAUGACGUCCGGCACUGCUCCACCACGGCUACCACACCCCUCACCUCCACCGCACCGCCCACCACCAGCAGCUCCACAGCCACAGUGCCACGGCCCUCGACCUCUGCCACGACCCAGACCCAACCCACCUCCACCGCACCGCCCGCCACCGGCAGCUCCACGGCCACAGUGCCACGGCCCUCGACCUCUGCCAUGACCCAGACCCCACCCACCUCCACCGCACCGCCGGCCACCGGCAGCUCCACGGCCACAGUGCCACGGCCCUCGACCUCAGCCACGACCCAGACCCAACCCACCUCCACCGCACCGCCCGCCACCGACCCAACCCACCUCCACCGCACCGCCCGCCACCGGCAGCUCCACGGUCACGCUGCCAUGGCCCUCGACCUCUGCCAUGACCCAGACCCAACCCACCUCCACCGCACCGCCUGCCACCGGCAGCUCCAUGGCCACAGUGCCACGGCCCUCGACCUCUGCCACGACCCAGACCCAACCCACCUCCACCGCACCGCCCGCCACCGGCAGCUCCACGGCCACAGUGCCAUGGCCCUCGACCUCUGCCACGACCAAGACCCCACCGACCUCCACCGCACCGCCCGCCACCGGCAGCUCCACGGCCACAGUCUCCACGGUCACGCUGCCAUGGCCCUCGACCUCUGCCGUGACCCAGACCCAACCGACCUCCACCGCACCGCCCGCCACCGGCAGCUCCACGGCCACAGUGCCACGGCCCUCGACCUCUGCCGUGACCCAGACCCAACCCACCUCCACCGCACCGCCCGCCACCGGCAGCUCCACGGUCACGCUGCCGUGGCCCUCGACCUCUGCCAUGACCCAGACCCAACCCACCCCCACUGCACCGCCGGCCACCGGCAGCUCCACGGUCACGCUGCCGUGGCCCUCGACCUCUGCCACGACCCAGACCCAACCCACCUCCACCGCACCGCCCGCCACCGGCAGCUCCACGGUCAUGCUGCCGUGGCCCUCGACCUCUGCCGUGACCCAGACCCAACCCACCUCCACCGCACUGCCCGCCACCGGCAGCUCCACUGUCACGCUGCCAUGGCCCUCGACCUCUGCCGUGACCCAGACCCAACCCACCUCCACCGCACCGCCCGCCACCGGCAGCUCCACGGCCACAGUGCCACGGCCCUCGACCUCUGCCACGACCCAGACCCAAUCCACCUCCACCGCACCGCCCGCCACCGGCAGCUCCACGGCCACGCUGCCACCCAACCCACCUCCACCGCACCGCCCGCCACCGGCAGCUCCACGGCCACAGUGCCAAGUCCCUCGACCUCUGCCGUGACCCAGACGGGUGCCCCCACCACGGCCCCUCCAACUGCUUACUUGCACAUGUCCACCUUCGGGACCACCCUGCUCCCCACCCCCCUGACGACCAACACUAGGGCUACCACCUACACCCGCUCCCUGCACCCCACGGCCUCUCCUCAGGUCACAGAGCUCCCCACCAGGCCCUUCGAGACCACACCCGGACUCCCCAUCACCACACCCAGCACAGGCCCGGCCACCUCCAGCACAGGGCCCGGCACCAGAGCCUCCCUCUCCACCCCCACGCCUGAGCCCAGCACCUCCUCACUGGGCUCCACCCUCAGUUCCUCCAUGGCCACCUCCACAGCCACGGUGUCCUCACAGAAGACCCACACCUCCAGCCCCACGUCGGUCACCACGUCCCCAGGGACCGGGUCCACGGCCUCAGUGACCGUGUCCACGGCCUGUCAGCCUCGCUGUGCCUGGACAGACUGGCUGGACCAGAGCUACCCGAUGCCAGGGGCCUCUGGGGGGGACUUCGAGACCUAUGCUAAUAUCCAGGCGGCUGGUGGGGCCAUCUGCCAGCAGCCUCUGCGGCUGCAGUGUCGGGCCAAGGACCUGCCUGAGGUGGCCCUGCAGGAUCUGGGCCAGGUGGUGCAGUGCCGGCUGGAGGAGGGCCUGGUGUGCCGGAACCGAGACCAGAGUAGCCUGAUGUGCCUCAACUACCAGAUCCGCGUGUUCUGCUGCGACCACAGCCACUGCCCCAGCCCCGCCGGGCCCACGUCCACCACGCCGGCACCCUCAUCCUCCACCAUCAGCACCAGCACUGGCAGGCUGUCAUCGAAGGUCACCACCCAGAUGCACCUCUCCUCCCCAGGGACGAUCAAGAGGGUCUCCACCCCCACCACUCUGACAGGCCCCUCCUCCACGGGGACCACCCAGAGGGUGUACUCCCCCACCCGUGUGACAGGUCCCUCCUCCACGGGGACCACCCAGAGUGUCUACACCUCCACCAGUGUGACAGGUCCCUCCUCCACGGGGACCACCCAGAGGGUCUCUACCCCCACCCGUGUGACAGGCCCCUCCUCCCCUGGGACCACCCAGAGCGUCUCCACCCCUAGUUCCUCUGCCUUCCCGGGGUCCCCACCCAUGACCACCAAGCCAGGCUUGCCCAGUGUCUCUCCAACGACCCGUUUGACUUCCCCCGUAUCGACCUCCCCCGGGGCCCCACCCACCACCCCUUCCUGGUCCGGGGUGACCUCUGGCAGCCAGGGGACCUUCUCCAUCUCCACCGCCUCUCCCAGCCCCACCACAGCCUGCCUUUGCCACGCCUUCGGAAAGUUCCUCCUACCAGGGGACAUCAUCUACAACAAGACCGAUGGAGCAGGCUGCCCCUUCUUAGCCAUCUGCAACCAGCGCUGUGACAUCGACCGCUUCCAGGGCACCUGCCCCACCUCCUCACCCUCGGGGACCUCGGCUUCUGUUGCCCCAGUUCCUGGCUGCGAUCGCACCAUCCCUCCCCGACAGGUGAAUGAGUCCUGGACCCUGGAGGACUGCACGGUGGCUCGGUGCGAGGGUGACAACCGUAUCGUCCUGCUGGGCCCGAAGCCGAUGGGCAACGUUGUCUGCGUGAACGGGCACCUGCCCGUGAGAGUGCAGAGCGGGGACGGGCCCUGUGAUUACAGCUACGAGUGCGAGUGCUCCUGCAGCGGCUGGGGGGACACCCACUACGAGACCUUCGACGGCACCUCCUACUCUUUCCUGGACAAUUGCACCCACGUCCUCAUGCGGGAGAUCCAGCCGCGCCACGGGAACCUCAGCAUCCUCCUGCACAACCACUACUGUGAGGCCGCCGCCAGCUGCCCCCGCGCCCUCAGCGUCCACUAUGAGUCCAUGGACGUCGUCCUCACCACCACCCCUGGCGCCGACGGGCAGGAAGAGAGCCUGAUCCUGUUGGGCCACCUGCGGGUGAGGCAGAGCUUCAGCAAGAACGGCCUGACCGCGACGGUCACGGGGGCCACGGAGAUGAGCAUCGAGAUCCCCGCCGUCGGCGUGAGCGUCACGUUCAACGGGCGGGUCUUCCAGGCCCAGCUGUCCUACAGCCGCUUCAGCUACAACACCGAGGGCCAGUGCGGCACCUGCACCAACAGCCGCAGGGACGACUGUCGCCGGCCCGACGGCACCACGGCGCCCACCUGCCAGGACAUGGCCCGGUCCUGGCUGGUGCCCAGCAGCAGCGGGGAGGGCUGCUGGGCACCCACCGGCCUGCCCCCAGCCCCCAGCCCCCCGUCGCCGGCCCCCAGCACACGCACCUCCACUCCGUGCCCCCCGGAUCCCCUCUGCGCGCUGAUGCUGAGUCCGGUCUUCGCCGGGUGCCACGGCCUCAUCCCCCCCGGCCCGUUCUUCAGCACCUGCGUCAGCGACAGCUGCGGGCCCAGCCGCCCUGACCGCCCUGAAGCGCUCUGCCAGAGCCUGGAGGCCUACUCGGCGCUCUGCCGCGCCCGGGGCGUGUGCCCCGACUGGCGCAACGCCACCAGCGGGCUGUGUGACCUCACCUGCCCGCCCACCAAGGUGUAUAAGCCGUGUGGCCCCGUGCAGCCCAAGUCCUGUGACUCCAGGAGCCAGAGCCCGGCGAGCAGGGGGCUGGCAGAGGGCUGCUUCUGUCCCGACGGCCACAUCCUGUUCAACUCACACACGGACGUCUGCGUGCUCGAAUGCCCCUGCGUGGGACCAGAUGGGUUUCCCAAAUUCCCCGGAGAGCGGUGGGUCAGCAACUGCCAGUCCUGCGUGUGCGAUGAAGGCUCCGUGUCGGUGCAGUGCGCCCCUGUGCGGUGCGAGGCCCGGGACCAGCCACAGGAAUGUGGCCGGGCCGGCUUCGUGGCCCAGACCAGGCCCCUGGCCGACAACCCCUGCUGCAUGGAAACUCUGUGUGUCUGCAACACAAGCACGUGCCCCCGGAGCCCACCCAAAUGUAGGCCGGGAGAGGAGCUGGCUUCCACCCAGGAGGAGGACAGCUGCUGCCCCACUUUCAGCUGCCGGCCUCAGUUGUGCACCUACAACGGCACCGUCUACGGGGUCGGUGCAACCUUCCCCUCGGUCACUCCCUGCCACACGUGCACCUGCCUGUCCGAGGACACCCAUGACCCGACCGUGCAGUGUGAGGAGGAUGCCUGCGACACCACUUGUCCCCGGGGCUUCCAGUACUCGAGGGUGGCCGGGCAGUGUUGCGGGGAGUGCGUGCAGACGGCUUGCCUCACGUCCGACGGCCGGCUGGUCCAGCCCAAUGAGACCUGGAUCAACAGCCUCGUGGACAACUGCACGUUGUACCACUGCCAGGCUGAGAACGGGACCCCUAUGCUGACCCCGACGCCCGUCGCCUGCCCGGACGUGUCCAGCUGCAGGGGCAUCCUCAGGAAAAUCGGCUGCUGCUACUCCUGUGAGGAAGUGGACUCCUGCCAGGUACGCGCCAGCAUGACGGUCCUGCGACACCGGGGCUGCGCCACCCAGGCCGCCAUCAGCGUCCCCUUCUGCGAGGGCUUCUGCCCGGGAGCGUCCCGGUACGCCAUGGGGGCCCGGGCCACGCAGUGCCCGUGCAUCUGCUGCCAGGAGACCAGGGCCCACCAGGAGGUGGUGACCAUGCAGUGUCCCAACGGGACGGCCUUCCAGCAUACCUACACCCACGUGGACGAGUGCAGCUGUGGCCCAUCCUGCAUCUCCUCGGCCCAGGCUCCCGAGGACAGCACCCCCAUCUUCCCGAUCUAUGGGUCCACCGUCUGACGCAUUCUGCCCCCUCCCACACGCCCGCCCCACCUGCCCCACCUGGAGCCAGAACACGCACCACCCAACCACGGAAACUGCGGGAGCCCACGCACACCUUCCGUGGACACCACUGCCCCUGCCCGCUUUACACCUGCCCCAGGUGAAACCCAGGCCCUGAAGGGUGACAGCGUAGUGAGGGUCGGCUUGAGGAGGACCCCAGGCGGGGGCGGAGGCUGCCCUCAGAGCCCCUCCUGCCUGUUUUGGCCACCUGCCUGGCCUUCGGGACCUGACCCUCAUCUGAAACACAAGCACCCACUCCACCCAGGCUCACCCCCGUCCUGGUGUCAGAGGGAUGCCCCGGAGAAAGCUGCACGCCCACCGCCGUGCUGCUCCCACGGCGGGCCUGUGUGCCCUCUGCUGCCCCUCGAAGCCCCGUGGCGCACAGGCGCCCGCUGGCUACACCUCCUGCAGUAGAGCGCAGACUGAGGCCUGUCCAGGCAAGGCCGGCUACCUGCCCACGUCUGGACCCCGGCCCGAGGCUACGAGGGCCAAGGGACGGGCCCCGUCGGCACCCCACAGCACCCCCUCUGCUCACCCAGCCCCAGUCUUUGAAAAUAAACACCGAGCAUCACAUACACUUCCUGGUCCUGGUUCUCCGCUCCAUGUGUGGGCCGGGCUGUCCAGAGCCACACCCCUGCUGGACCCCCGGGAGGGACAGGCGGGGCAAGAGGCCCCCAGGGUCAGUCUUGGGCUGUGGGAGUACUGGCCAGAGUCAGGGGUCAUCCGAAGGUUCAAACACGCGGGUUUUAUAAGGAAGUUGGUUCACAGCUGCAGGAAGACCGGACGAGCCAAUGGGGGGAGGCCCACGGGGGGACACAGAGGGCAUCAGUGUGGGAAGCACUCCCUGCGCCUCUGCGGGGCGUCUCCUUCAGGCGCUUGUCACACGUCAACUUGCUGCGUAUGACCUUCGCUUCUCUCUCCACCGAGGGCAGGGACGGCUGCCUUUCUCUCUGCUGCCCCAUCCAGAGUGGAGAACACUGCCAGCACGGGAUGGGGUGGGACGCGCUGCGGGCAAGGCUGGGGUGGUGCCCCGGCUUGAGCGUCCACGUGGGCAGGGGCAGCUACGAGAGGGCGGGGCUUCCGCCAGGGAGGCAAAGGCGCUGCUGGCCGGGGCCAAGGAAGCCUGGCAAGCGUGUGCGGGGCGGGGGGCUUCUGGGGCCUCCUGCAUCACGUGACCUGCC